UCCUCUGCUGCUGUGGAGUGCGUUGGGCAGCAGUCGUCGCCAUUGUGCGUCCGGAGCAUGUUGCAGCAGCAGCCUCUCUCGGCCAAUGGGGCCUCGAACGGCCGCGGACUCGCCAUGAGCGGCCACCCGGGGAUGCACUCGCUCGGCUCGGUCCACCAGGCGCCGCAGCACCGGUCCGAGGGAGGAGACCCGGGCCUGGACGGGACGGAAAACGGACACGAAACCCGCAGAGAUAUCGGGGACAUCCUGCAGCAGAUCAUGACCAUCACAGACCAAAGUUUGGACGAGGCGCAGGCGAAGAAACACGCUCUGAACUGUCACCGGAUGAAGCCUGCGCUCUUCAGUGUCCUGUGUGAGAUCAAGGAGAAGACUGGGCUGUCGAUGCGUAACGCGGCGGAGGAGGAGCCCCAGGACCCUCAGCUGGUGCGUCUGGACAACAUGCUGCUGGCGGAGGGCGUGUCCGGGCCGGAGAAGGGCGGAGGGGCUGCUGCUGCCGUGUCUGCCGCCACCAGCGCCGGAGGCAUGUCCCCUGACAGCUCCCUGGAACACUCCGACUACAAGAGCAAACUGAGCCAGAUCCGCACCAUCUACCACACCGAGCUGGAGAAGUACGAGCAGGCGUGCACAGAGUUCACCACCCAUGUGAUGAACCUGCUGAGGGAGCAGUCGCGCACGAGGCCGGUGACGCCGCGCGAGAUCGAGCGCAUGGUCGCCAUCAUCCACCGAAAGUUCAGCUCCAUCCAAACCCAGCUGAAGCAGAGCACCUGCGAGGCCGUCAUGAUCCUGCGCUCACGCUUCCUUGAUGCCAGGCGCAAGAGACGUAACUUUAGUAAACAGGCCACAGAGGUUCUGAACGAGUAUUUCUACUCCCACCUGUCCAACCCCUACCCCAGCGAAGAAGCCAAAGAGGAGCUGGCCAAGCAGUGCGGCAUCACUGUGUCUCAGGUGUCCAACUGGUUUGGAAACAAGAGAAUUCGCUACAAGAAAAACAUCGGCAAGUUCCAAGAGGAGGCCAACCUGUACGCCAUGAAGACCGCGCUCGGAGCGAGACAGGGAGACGACUCCCCGCACACCCCCAACUCCACCGGCUCGGGUUCGUUCUCUCUCUCGGGUUCGGCCGACAUGUUUCUGGGGGUUCCUCCUGUGAACGGAGACCCGUCUGCUUAUCCACUGGGAGCACAGGCCAACGGGAGCUGGCAGGGCAGAACUACGCCCCCUUCUGGAUCCCCACCACACAGCGACCUGUCAGAGCAGUCGGACUGAACCAGGACUGGACCAGGACUGGACCAGUUUUGGACCAGAACUGGACCAGGACUGAAUCAGGACUGGACUUAUUGACCACUGGGCUGCCCUCUCUCUUUUUAUUGAUUGUGUUUAACCACUUGGCGUUCCCUGCGUUUGUUUUCGGGAGUGCAUGAAUGUUGGCGUCUGCGUCAGUGUCUGCGUCUGCGUUGGCAUCGGUGUCUGCACUGGCAUCUGCGUUGACGUCUGCGUAGGCGUUUGCGUUGGCGUCUGCAUUGGCGUCUGCAUUGGCAUCGACGUCUGCGCUGGUGUCGGUGUCUGCGUUGGCGUCUGCGUUGAUGUCUGCGUUGGCGUCUGCGUUGACGUCUACGUUGGCGUCUGCGUUGGCAUCGACGUCUGCGCUGGUGUCGGUGUCUGCGUUGACGUCUGCGUUGAUGUCUGCGUUGGCGUCUGCGUUGACGUCUGCGUUGGCGUCUGCGUUGGCAUCGACGUCUGCGCUGGUGUCGGUGUCUGCGUUGGCGUCUGCGUCGGUGUUGACGAGCAUGCGGCGUGGGGUCUGGGGCUUACGGUGAACUACCUUUAAACGAGAUGUAUCGUGCUGAAAAGACUUUUAAUCAUGUUCUGUUGGUUUCUCAUUUUUAAACGCGUGUCUGUUUGUCACAGGUUUUUCAUAGUUUUUAGUGAUGAUGUUUGUGUUUUACGAUUUGCUGCAGCUACUUAACCAACUGAAACCAGGAAGUGCCCCGUGUCUGUGCAAAGGCCACACUUUCACUUUCACUUUCACUCCAACGAGUCCGUUUGUCCAGUCACUAAAUUCACAGUUGCCACUAGAGGGCGUCAUAAACCAAGCACUGUCUGUACGAGCUCACGCGGCGCCUGAAUGAAGCCAAACGUGUCCUUUAGCGCCUCACUCGCCACGUUUACACCACACUCCUGAUUCUGAAUGAAAAUCAUUUAAUUCUGGAAAAUAAAAAAAAAAGAUUCUGUUUUAAAAAGUCCAUGUAAACACUUAAUCCUCAUGAAAAUGAUUAUUCGGAAUUAAACUUAAAAUUAAUUUUGAACUAAAUGGGAGGUUUAUUUUGAUUUUAAAGUCGAAUUCAUUUAUACCUUGAUCUUGUAAACCAGUUCCCCGACCUUUUUUUGUACCACAGACCCGUUUUAUGUUCCACAAUAUGUCGUGGACCAGGAAGGGGGAUUAAAUCCUGGUUAAAUCCUGGUUUAGACUUGGUUUAGUCCUAAUUUAGACCUGGUUUAGACCUGGUUUAAAGACGUGGCCUGAUACUAAACGACUGUGGGCCUGGGGGUUGGGGACCCUGAUGUUUCUUGUUUCUUCUUGUUAAAAUAAUGUGGGUGCUUCGUGCUCGUUGUGUCGUCCUUCUGACACAAACAGGUUUGUCUUCUUCCUCCUCUUCCUCAGAUCACAGACGUAAAGUGUGAUGAGACGAUUCUCCAGCUGCUGCUUCAUGAUCAUCAGAACCACUGCACGAAAAGUUUGGAAGGUGUUUGUGUCAAUUCAGAAUUUUAAAAAAACAUCAUGUAAACGUGGCCAGUGAGCAGCGCGCAGGAGUGGGUGGGGCCAGGGCGGAGUGGGCGGGGCCAUGUUUAUUUCUACACUCGCUGUUUUGGUUUGGUUUGGUUUGACCAGCCCAGAGAGGAUGCACCAGGAGAGAGCAGGAGAAGCGACAAACCCAAAGAUGUGUGUGUGUGUGUGUGUGUGUGUGUGUGUGUGCACGCGCGUGUGGGUGUGUGUGUGUUGUGUGUGUGCGAGCGUGUGUGUGUGUGUGCGUGCGUGUUUUACGUGACGUCUUCUCUGUACAGUCCACACCUGUAUUCUCUCUACCUCUUUUACAAUAAACUAAUGUGUAUUCACA